GCGGAAGUGCUGCGGGCAGACCAAUCCUGGGAAUGUAGGACAGAAAGGGAGGGUGACAGUGUUGGUAUCCAGUGCGCUCAGUACGAGGUUUCUUAUAAGCGCUGGUUUGCGUGGGCUCUCUGUUAUAAUGUGUCAAAAGUCAAGUGAAGCCUGGUUAAUCAGGCAAACAUUUAAAAAUACAAAACAUUAGAACAGAGGAACCUUUUCGCUGAAAGUUUUUUCCACACGGACCUUUGGCAGAGCGGGACUGUAAAUACACCGUCGUUUCUUAUUCUGCCGUUGUUCUUCCUGAUGAUCUUACUGAAAGCAGGAUGAAUUGCUAGAAAGAACAUCAGUGUAAAUGACAUAAAUCUUUAGUUGAACGGUAGAGAGGGUUGUUUUGCUGUCACAGUGCGGUUAAAGCCGGUAAUGGAGGCUUGUCGGCGGGCUGGAGUCAGCGGAAUCCUCUGCUCACUGUCACUGCUCUGUGUCGUCCUAGACCUCCAGCUGGACGGUGUCCUAGGCGCAACACAAGUCGAGAUUGAGCACCAUCUGGAGAUGGGUCGCAAACUCCUGGCCGCUGGUCAGCUGGCUGAAGCCUUGUCCCACUACCACUCUGCCGUGGAAGGAGAUUCUAAAAAUUACUUGACUUAUUACAAACGGGCAGCAGUGUUCCUUGCCAUGGGGAAGUCUAAAUCUGCACUGCCAGACCUGACCAGAGCCAUUCAGCUCAAGCCAGACUUUUUAGCAGCAAGGCUGCAAAGAGGGAAUAUACUACUGAAACAGGGGAACACUCAGGAAGCCCAAGAGGAUUUUGAGAUUGUGGUACAGCGCAAUGCAGAAAGUGAAGAAGCUCACGAUCAGUUGAAGAAGGCGAGGGAUUUGGACGAGCUACAAGAGGAGGCACAUGCUGCAUACCACCAAGGCGACUACAGCACCACAGUUAACCUGCUUGAAAGGGUCAUAGAGAUUUCACCAUGGGAUCCUGAAUCACGGGAACUUCGAGCUGACUGUUACAUCCGUAUGGGAGAUCCACAGAAAGCUAUUCAGGAUCUGGCCCCCACUACAAGGCUCCGCAAUGACAACCGUGCCGCGUACCUCAAGCUAAGCCUGCUGCACUACAGUCUUGGAGAACACCAUGACUCUUUAAAUCAGAUUAGAGAGUGCUUAAAGUUGGACCAGGAUGAUAAAGAGUGUUUAAGCCACUACAAACAGGUGAAAAAGCUCAGCAAGCAGCUCGAUUCAGCAGAAGAGCUCAUUCAAGAGCAGAGGUUUCAUGAAGCUAUUGAAAAAUAUGAAUCAGUGAUGAAGACUGAGCCAAAUGUCAUUUACUACACCAACCUUGCAAAAGAGAGGAUCUGUUUCUGUCUAGUUAAGGAAAAAUUGGCACAAGAAGCCAUUGAUGCAUGUUCAGAAGCUCACCAGAGAGAUCCACGCAAUGCCCAUAUUCUUAGAGAUCGAGCAGAAGCUUACAUUCUCAAUCAAGACUAUGAAAAAGCUGUGGACGAUUACCAAGAGGCAAGAGAGUUUGAUGGUGACAGUAAUGAAAUUCGGGAAGGGUUGGAAAAGGCACAGAAACUACUGAAACUUUCACGCAAAAGGGACUACUAUAAAAUCCUAGGGGUUGGCAGAAAUGCUAAUAAGCAGGAAAUUACUAAAGCCUACAGAAAGUUGGCUCAACAAUGGCAUCCUGAUAACUUUCAAUCAGAGUCAGAGAAGAAAGAAGCAGAAAAGAAAUUCAUUGAUAUUGCAUCUGCUAAGGAGGUGCUUACAGACCCAGAAAUGAGGCAGAAGUUUGACCAGGGUGAAGAUCCGCUUGAUCCAGAGAACCAGCAGGGUGGAGGGGGUGGACAUGGUGGACAAGGCUGGCCUUUCCAUUUCAACCCAUUUGAGUCAGGUGGCAGCUUCCAUUUUAAGUUCCAAUACAAUUAGAGACAAGCUCCGUGCAGACUUUUUUUUUUAUUGAGUAUUUGGGACGUUGGAUUAUUAUGCCUUUAAUGGAGUUUGGACUUCUACAAAUUCCGGAUCAAAGUAUUUUUUUUUUUUCAAAUACUGACAGCUGGCUGCAAAAACAAGACUUUCAAAGCAACCGUUGAGCUGGUCAGGGUUUGUGGUUGAAGAAAAUCAGGCCUUGUUAUCAUUCAAGACUGUUGUGUACUGUUUUACAUUUUAUUAUUGUUUUGUUUGUGCCAUUUAAAGGCACAUUUCUGAGGAAUUUUCUGCAUUGUUUGCAUUGGCAUAGGCUUCCUGCUUGCAGUAUUCCAAAAAGUGGAAAUUUCAGUUUGCUGUUCAGCACUUUUGAUGACUCUAUGAUGGCAAAGAGAAUUUUGGAAAUCCAUUAUUUUAAAAACAUGUUCUCAAUACACUCAAUAUAAUGCAUUACUUCUUGGGAAGUUUGCAGUUUAAAUAAUCCAUUAUAACAUCAACAUCUGAUGAAACAGUUAUUUAUAGAUAAAACAAGGGGAUUCCAGAUUGAAAACAACCAUUAUUUUUUUCAACCACUCCAUUUUUUUUUCUCAGCUGGUACUGUAGGCUUUAUAAAAGCCUUUGAAUAACCCACCAGAUUGUGUGACUCCAGUGGCUCAGAGCCUCAUUCAUGUAAAGGUCAAAGAGAUCUCUGCACUCAGGUUAGUCAGUGUUACUGAUCUUAAAUUGAGCACAUCUAGGAACGUACUGUUAUGUGAUGCAAAUCAUACACUUUUAAAGGUAUAUUUAAAUG